UGCGCAGAAGGGGCCGCAGAGGAGCCAGAGCGGGCCUGGAUUCAGAGCCGGAACCGGAGCCGGAGUCGGAGUGGGGUUGGGGCAGGCGGGCACCAUGCUGUCACCCGAGGCGGAGCGGGUGCUGCGGUACCUGGUGGAAGUGGAGGAGCUCGCCGAGGCGGUGCUGGCGGACAAGCGGCAGAUUGUGGACCUAGACACCAAGAGGAAUCAGAACCGAGAGGGCCUGAGGGCCCUGCAGAAAGAGCUCAGCGUCUCUGAAGAUGUGAUGGUUUGCUUUGGGAACAUGUUUAUCAAGAUGCCUCACCCUCAGACGAAGGAAAUGAUUGAGAAAGAUCAGGAUCAUCUGGAUAAAGAAAUAGAGAGACUCCGGAAACAACUUAAAGUGAAGGUCAACCGCCUCCUUGAGGCCCAAGGCAAACCGGAGCUGAAGGGUUUUAACCUGACCCCCCUCAACCAGGAUGAACUUAAAGCUCUCAAGGUCAUCUUGAAAGGAUGAAAUUCAAGAACCAAGAUAAGGGGCCUGAAACCAGCACCCCCUGGGAUCAUGUAGGACCCAGAACUCUCCAGCUUUGAAACCUGCAAGGACAGGAUCUACCCUGCAAGGCCUCAGGCAUCAGCAACCUGGCCAUGGCUCCUGUUUGCAGCCUCU